CAGACCCAUGGCUGGAACAAACCCAAACCAGCAGCCGAGCCAUGAGACAAUUUGUGGUGCUCCUCGCGCUGGCAGUGGCCGCCGUUUCGGCGCACACAAUCGCCGCCCAGCCCAGCCCAGGAUUCCCGGAGGGACGCAUCAUCAACGGCUACGAGGCACAGCCCGGGGAGGCUCCCUACAUCGUUUCCCUGCAGACCACGGCCGGAACUUUCUUCUGCGCCGCUUCGAUCAUUCGUGCCGAUGUCCUGCUAACCGCCGCCCACUGCCUCACGAAGGACGCGCUGCAGGCGGUGGCCGCCGGCCACAGUCGCAGCCACCCCGAGGACACCCAAGUGCGAGAGGUCAGCAGCAGCCGCCAGCUGAGCCACGAGGGCUACACGGGCAAGGCGGGACCCUGUGACAUCGCCUUACUCUUCCUGGACACUCCCUUCGACCUGAAUGCCAUCUCCCGUGACGGCAGCGCGCCCGUGGCCAGCAUUGCGCUGCCGCCCAAGAAGCUGGAGGGCUCCGCCCGCGGCACCCUCUACGGCUGGGGCAAGGACGGCUCCAAGGGCCUGCCCAACACGCUCCAGAAGCUCGAUGUGGACAUCCUCGACUAUGAGAGCUGCAUCGCGGCCAUGCCCGCAGACAGCAAUGUGGUGGACAGCAAUGUGUGCACCCACAAGGCCGGCACCCCCGACGGCGCCUGCAAUGGCGACAGUGGCGGCCCACUGAUCAGCCGCGCCUCCGACGGCUCUGCCUACCAGGUGGGCGUCGUCUCCUGGGGCUACAUUCCCUGCUCGCUCACAAAGUACCCGUCGGUAUACACCUCGGUGUAUUCGUUUGCCAGUUGGAUCAAUGCACAUAUCAACGAUUACUCCAACUAGGCCAGAGGCUGCCUAAAGGGAGCACUUUUGCUUAUGGAAAAUAUUUAACACAAUAAAUGAACAGUCAUCGACAUUCAUAGCCCA